AUGAACCGCCGCGGCCACGGCAACCCGAACGGCAAUGGCAGCGAGCGCGAGGGCAGCUCCGUGGGCAUCAUGACGGAGGCCCUGGAGAUGCAGCGCCAGAUGUGCGACGAGGCCAUGAGCCUCGUGAACGCCGGCGUGGCCAUGCAGAACGCAUCGCCCCCCAACGUGGCCGAGGCCGAGCGCAAGCUCACGCGCGCCGUGGACAUCAUGGAGCAGGCGCUGAGCAUCCGCUACCGCUCGGCGGACGAGAAGGACGCGGCCGACCGCCUCAACAACAAGAUGAUGCGCUACGUCAAGAUGAUCAAGAGCCAGCGCGCCAAGAGCGUGGGCGGCGGCGGCCCCAAGGGGCGCAACCUCGUCAAGCACAACAUCCUCGAGAUGGAGCGCCUGCCCGAGGUCUACACGCCCGUGCUGCAGCUGCUCAACAACUCGAACCAGUUGGGAGACAUCUGCGAGACGCUGAAGCGCACGUUCGGCUUCCAGGAGAGCAGCGUGCUCAACCAGAAGGAGCACUUGCUGCUGCUGCUCACCAACUUCAAGGAGCAGAGCGGCCAGGACGACGGCAAGAAGAAGAAGAAGAAGCAGGACGAGAUCGAGGCUAUCGACGACUACUUGCGCCAGCGCGACCCGCAGCUGGAGAUGGACCUGGCCAACAAGGGCAUCACGCGUCUCCACAGCCGGAUCUUUGCCAACUACAAGAAGUGGUGCAAGUACGUCUCGCAGAAGCCCAAGUUCUCCAGCGACCCGCUCGUGGAUGUGGUGCUCUUCUUCCUCAUCUGGGGCGAGGCGGCCAACUUCCGUCAGAUGCCCGAGUGCCUGUGCUUCCUGCUGCACACGAUGCUGCCUAAGGUCAACAGCGGCGGCAACGAGGAGCCCGGCACGUUCCUGGCUAACACGAUCCGCCCCAUGUACGCGGAGCUGCGUCGGGACAGCGACAAGAAGACGAGCAAGGGCGCCACCGCCCCGCACAAGGACAUUCGUAACUACGACGACUUUAACGAGUUCUUCUGGACCAAGAAGUCCCUCAAGUACGACUACACGAACAUCGGCGAGGCGUUCUCCAACUACGACAAGAAGGGCCGCCCCAAGAUCGUCAAGAAGACGUACAACGAGACGAGAAGCUGGGCGCGCGCCAUUAUCUCGUUCCGCCGCAUUUUCUUCAUGAACUGUGCGCUGUUCCUGGCGACGCUGGGUUUCUCGAUCGAUAUUGUGCUGUACUGUCCUGACUCGACGAUCAUGUACGGAGUGGACGUGCAGCCGGCGGACUCUACUGAGGUCCUCACUAUUCUGGGCAAAAAGUAUGCGGCGUCGACGGACAGUUCGUCUGUGGAAAACACGGACGAUUCCCUGUCGGACGAUAUCAACACGGACAGUGGGGCAGGCAGCCAGUGUCUGUAUGCGAAGCUAGCGACGUGUUUGGGUGUGGAGUACUUCACAUCUGCCUCUGACACCUUCGGCACGUUGCCUCAGGACUUCAAGGAGCUUCUCGAAAUUGUGCCAUUUACGGACUGUGUGGAAAAGCAAGUGGGUCGAUGCAAAUGCUACCACGACUUGAUUGACAAGUGUUUCGAGCAGACGGGUGAUGCUGAUGAAGUGUCGACUGACGGGUCUGUCGCUUCGAUCUCGUACGACCAGAGCGUGUGCGCUCCGACGUGGUUAGAACAGGUGAACAGCAUUUUGGAUGAUGAAGGCGACGGCUUGCUCAACUGCGGCAGUUGCCAGAUUGAUAUCACCAGUCUCAUCAAGGAGCCAACGCGUAUCGUCACGCUAAUUCAGGGUCUGAUCGACUUUAGCCGCUCCGACAAGGGUGUGAUGGCUCUUCUUGGCGGUGCUGCUAUGAUCGGUCUGGUGUGUGUAUGCGAGCUGCAGAAUCGGUUCUUCUCUGGUAUUGGAAUGGGCUUCGUGGGUCGCUCGAUGCCUGUCCCGAUGAAGACUUACUGCCGCUACACAUGCUUUUGGAUCGUUCUGUAUUUGUGUAAACUGACGUUCGAUUACCAGUUUGUUGUCAAAACGCUGGUGGAGACGACGUUGUUCGUAUACUCAGCCAACUCGACCGACUACCUCAAGUACUCGCACUUCAUGCUGCAGACCACGUACCACAACAUCAUCUAUAUCCUGUUCCUUUGGAUUCCGGCGUGGAUGGUGUUCCUGUACGACGCGCAGAUCUUCUACUCCGUUCUGUCUGUUAUUUACGGUUCGUUCGCUGGUUUCAACCUGCGCAUUGGUGAGCUCCGUUCGUUCCGCAUUCUUCGCCUAACCUUCAAGAAGAUUCCUGGCGUGUUUAACCGCAAGCUCGUGCCCAACAUCGCCGAGGAGCAGGCCAAGAAGAAGAAGAAGAAAAACAAAAAGAACAAAAACGAAAGGGACGAGAUGGCCAUGCCGGUGCGCCGCUUCGAGCGUAUUUCGAUGUCUCAAGGUGCCAAGCCAUUGACGGUGAAGACACAAAAGUACUCGAGUCUGCUUGAACAGCGCGACGACGAAGAUGUUUACAGCGAGAUGAAGACCCCCAACGGUACGGACGAGGACAUGUCGUCGCAGUCCAGUCGUACUUCGAACAUUGGCUCCAUCACUGGUUGCUCGGCGCUCUAUGAGAAGCUGAAGACCGACAAGAAGAAGAAGGACAAGACACUUCAGAAGAUUGAAACCACGAUGCGUGAGCGUCUGACCAAGGAUGAUCUCCGUGUCGAGUCCAUUUUGGGCUCGUACAAGUUUUCAUCGCAAGUUCUUCGUAUCUUACUUGGUGAGGAACACAAGGAGCUGGACGACUGCUACAACUUCAUCGAAGAGAUGGCUUCGCACCAGCAAAUUCUGAAGGGUCUGAAGCUGGACAACCUGUACAUGUGCCGUGCUGCCGCUGCUGAGUUGAUGAAGUCCAUUCUGGAGGUGCCUAAGAAGUCGACGGAGACUAGCAUCAAGUUCCAGCGUGCUCUCUACAAGGUCAUUGACUCGGUUGAAUCCGUGAUCAACUGUCUCAAGAUGGUCCUUGCGAAGCAAGAAAACCUGGUUCAAAUGCUGAACGACACGCCGCUGAAGCCGAACUCAUUCUUCUUCCCUGGCGAUGCUCAACAUUACGCGAGUCUUCAGCUCCAGAAGAUUGUGAACGACGAGGCCGCGUUGGACAUCGUCUCGCGUGCGUACCAGCUGCUGACGGUGGAUAACUUUGACGCGGAGCCGCGCUCGGACGAAGGACGGCGUCGCCUGCGCUUCUUUGCCAACUCGCUCUUUAUGGACAUGCCUGAAGCAAAGCCGAUUCGCAAGAUCCGCUCACUGACGGUGUCGACUCCGUACUACAACGAAAUCGUGAUGUACUCGAUCAAGGACUUGACUGCUCAGAAUGACGACUGCAUCAAGCUGCUGUACUAUCUGCAGACAAUCUAUCCGUUCGAGUGGGAGAACCUGCUGGAGCGCAUUCAGGCGAAGGAUAUGAACGAGGCUUUAAAGAAGAACCCUGAGGAAGUCCAGCUGUGGGCUAGUUACCGUGGUCAAACGCUUGCACGUACCGUUCGCGGUAUGAUGUACAACGAGGAGGCUAUUCGUUUCUUGCACUGGUUGGAGAUCGGCGAGAACGAGCCGAUGCACCAAGUGACAUGUUCGUGCAACAAGUGCUGCAAGCUGAAUGAGAUGGUUGCGCUCAAGUUCAACUACGUGUGCACGUGCCAGAUCUACGGAAAGCAGAAGGACGAGCAGAAGCAGCAAGCUCAAGAUAUUGACUUCCUGUUGCGCAAGCACCCGAACCUUCGUGUCGCUUACGUGGACGGCCCUAAGAAGGUGAAGGAUGGUCCUCCCAAGUUCUUCUCAGUGUUGAUUCGAGCUCAAGAUGACAAAAUUGUUGAGAUCUACCGCGUGGAGCUACCGGGUAACCCGAUCGUUGGUGAAGGUAAGCCCGAGAACCAGAACCACGCUAUCAUUUUCUCUCGCGGCGAGCUGCUCCAGUGUAUUGAUAUGAACCAAGAUGGCUACCUCGAGGAAGCCUUGAAGAUGCCGAACCUGUUGUCGACGAUGGACCGUGGCACUGAGAAACGUCCUCUGACAAUUAUUGGUUUCCGCGAGCACGUGUUUACGGGUGGCGUGUCGAACUUGGCCAGCUUCAUGUCGAUUCAGGAGUUGUCGUUCGUGUCGCUCGGCCAGCGUAUGCUUGCUCUUUUCCACGUUCGUCAGCACUACGGUCACCCCGAUAUCUUCGACAAGCUCUUUGCCAUGAGCUGCGGUGGUACUGCUAAGGCGUCCAAGGGCGUCAACCUUUCGGAAGAUAUUUUCGCUGGUUUCAACAGUACCCUUCGCGGUGGACGUACGUCUCACGAGGAGUUCAUCCAGGUGGGCAAGGGUCGUGAUGUGGGUAUGCAGCAGCUAGCUCUGUUCGAGGCCAAGCUGUCAUCUGGUGCUGGUGAGGCCGUUAUUUCCCGUGACGCCAUGCGCAUGGCUUCUCGUCUGGACUUCUUCCGGCUGCACUCAUGGUUCUACGGUAACUUGGGUUGGUACUUCACGCAGUCGAUGACUGUGGUGGGUGUGUACUUCUUCAUCUACGGCAAGGUGUACAUGGCUCUGAGUGGCAUGGACAGCUACUUCCUCGAGAAGGGUGGUCUGGGUAUUGCCGGCACGCUCAACACCUCGUGGGCAUUCCAGUUCGGUUUCUUGUUGGUUGUCCCCGUCAUUGCCGUGGUUGGUGUUGAGCAGGGUUUCCGUCAUGGUUUUACCUAUUUGCUGUGGAACAUCAUGACGCUAGGUCCGAUCUUCUUUACGUUCCAGAUGGGCACGCGUAUGCACUACUUCGACCGCACGCUGAUUCACGGUGGCGCCAAGUACCGCGCUACGGGUCGUGGUUUCACGAUCAAGCACGAAAAGUUUGCGGAGUUGUUCCGCUUCUACGCCUUCAGCCAUUUCUACCGUGGAGUCGAGUUGUUCUUCUUGUUGUUGAUGUUCUACGCGUACGGCACGUUCUCGUGGUGCAACUGCUCGUGGAGACUGGAUGCAGACUUUUACAACAAUGUUGAGCCCACUGAUUUGGAGUGGCGGACUCGUUGCUACGCCGACCACUACCAAUCCUGUGUGCUCCCGACCAACCAGAACUACGGUAUGAUGUCGUACUCGCUGUGGAUUAUCGCGGCGACUUGGAUGUGGGCCCCGUUCUUCUUCAACCCGAGUGGUCUGGACUGGGAUAAAAUCAUCGAGGACUACAACGACUGGCAAAACUGGCUGAAGACGACGAAUGACUCGGCUGAUAGUUGGUUUGGUUGGUGGUCGAACGAGCUGGAGUACCUGGAGCACACCACACGUGGAAGCCGUUUCAUUUCGGGUGUUCGCAAGCUUCGAUUCUUGUUGAUUGCUAUCGGCAUGUACCUGAACAUGAUGUACGACGCGUACUUCGAGACUCCCGGCCGGAUCAUUACGUCAGACGAUGACAUGCUGACUUACGCGCUGUCCGGUCUGGUCGUCGUGAUUUUCUUGCUGCUGAUCUGCUGUGGCUACAUCGCAAGUCGUGUGACCAAGAAGAUGUCGAUGAAGCAGCGCAAGCUUCGAAAGAUGAAGUUUGUGCUUGCUUGCUGCUGCUUGCUCAUCUCGUUCCUGAGUCUGACGGUACUGUCGGUUGCGAACCUCUUCGAGAUCUUCGUGCUGCUGUUCGUGGCAGUGUACUGGUUCAUGCAGAUGUGCAUCCUGCGCCUCCAGUACCACCACAUUGUCGUGCGGGCACUUGCUCGUGCUUACGACCGUGCGGUCGGCUGGAUCGUGUUUGGGCCCAUUAUGAUCGUGUCGAUGUUCCUGCCCUUUAUCUCCUCCUUCCAGCAGCGUGUUAUGUUCAACAACGCCUUUACCUCGGGUCUUGAGGUAUCGAAGCUCUUCGCACACGACGUGGCACCGGCACAGGUUGUCAAGGUCAAGCGCGUAUCGAAGAAGAAGAAAAACCGCGAUGACUAAGCUAAGCGUCUUGCUGGCUCUCCUCUACUGAGUUGGUCAGCUAGUCAUGCUAUUUUGUAUCUUCAUAGAAAACAAGAUAUUGGUUUUCGUUUGUUCACCG